AUGACUCGCAGAGCUCAAGAUUUGGAGAAUCAAAUCCGAGGCAUGAAGUACGUUCAAACGUUUAAUUUGUGGUCAACUCUAUUAGCUGAAACACGACGUAUGGCUCGUGACAGAGCUACAUUAGCUGAAGUGUUGGCUGCUGAAAUGGGAGCCCGUCUUGAUAUAAUGACCAAAGAUGUUGCUUUCAUUUCAAGGAAGGAUAACAAAACCAUUGAACACAUGUCCAGAGUUAAUCUCCGCAAGUACAAAGUCCAAACAGUGGACGAUGCCCUAGCUGUCUUAGAAGAAGCUGGAGAACCUCUACCCCCUGAGCAGGCAUCUAAAGCCUCCUUGUUAGAUCGUAGCAGUUUUGGCAUUAACUACACGAGCAAAUCAGAGGAAGAUGGUCUAUCUUCUCCUCCACCGCCUCCUGAAGAACCUCCAGUCUCAAUGUUAGGUACUUCUCCUGAUGGUAUCCCUCCAUAUUUACCUGACGAAGAAUCUGAGAGUCCCGAAAUCAUUGAAACAGUAUUGGAUGAUGUGAUAGAGAUGCCAAUACCAGCUGACACUGUAGAGGAGGCACCAGAACCUGAUGUUGUUGUGGAGUCUAUUGUAGAACCACCAGAAGAGACACAUCCACUGACAGAGGAACAGCCUGUACAUGAAUCAGCACCAUUGGUUAUAGUGGAAUCACCUGUAGCAGAACUACCCACAGAAGAACAUCCUAUAGAGAAGCCACCUGCAGAGGAACUACACCCAACAGAACCAUCUAAAAAGGAAAGUCCCAUAGAAGUACAAGUCAUAAAGGAGCAACCUCAAGGAGAGGAACCAACUGUAGAGGAACCCACUCCUGAUGAUAAAUUGGUCCAAGAUGCUCAAACUUUCCAUUCUCAAGUCUCAACAAGCAGUAUUUCAGGUUAUUUGGAGGAAGCUCUUCAUGAUAUAGAAACCAGUAUUGAAUCAAUGAAAGAUCGUCCUAAGAGUAGCACACCAGUAGCAAUAAAAGAAGAAUCCGAUUCAGGUGAUUCUGACUCCGACACUGAAGAAGUGUUGACAAUAUCUGCUAGAGCUUUAUAUGACUAUACUGCUCGUAAUGAAAAAGAGUUGAGUUUUGAGAAAGGGUCUAUGUUAGAUGUUGUUGAAAAGACACCUGAUGGUAACUGGUGGGAUGGAUUUCAUCAAGGUAGACGAGGGUAUAUCCCUGUAUCAUAUGUUGAAAUAGCAGAGCUGUCUGCUUCCCCUCGAGGUCCUCUAGUUCCAGUUCCUCCAUUGCGUAAAAGUAGCAUGCAGAAAGAAGGGGAAGAAGAUGAUGACACUUUGUCACCCAAAACUUCUGUGUCUGCUGAGCCCAUUAUUGAAGAAGAGGAACUAAAGCAUCCCGAGGUUAAGUCAAUUGAUGCAGUAGUUGUCAAGACAACUGGUGACUCCACCCCUAAAGAUGAAGGCAUGUCUCCUAAACAGCCUCCUGAAGAAUCGCUCAAAAGGAAAAUGGAUGUUCCAAUUAGAAGUGGUGCUGUUAGUAAACUAACUCAGCAGUUUCAACAACCUCCACCUGCUCCAUCUCUCCCUCAGCAACGAGUCCUAGUGGGUCCUCACACUCAUCGUAGGUAUCCCUCUGCAGAUAUGACAAAAGGCAAAGAAGAAAGUGUAUCUCGAUCUUUUCAAGAUCGAUCUGGUUCUGGUGGUAGCAAGGUUCAGAUUAAGCCACCAAUACAUACCCCACCACCUACUAAACCCAAACCUGAUAAGGAACCACCAGCGGGUAAUGUGUCCCCGUUUCCUCUCAUGUCACAUGACACUCAUGUGUCUGCUUCUCCAUUACAGAAGGCUCACCUUCAAGGUCAAUUUAAAAAGCCAGCACCUCCUAAGAAAGGAGGUGUUUUUAGGAGUUCAGGCAAAAAGACGCCUGAUAAACCUCCUCUACCUAGUAAGCCUGCACCUCCACCCACCAAACCUGCAGCUCCACCCAAACCUCAACAGUUGCAAGCAGAGUUAGCUGCAGCAACUGCUUUGAGAAGGAAACAAGAUGGAGAGGCUAGUUAA